AUGUCCGGGGAUGACAGUGGCAAGCGGAGCGAAACCUAUUCAUUCCCAUGGUACAAGCGAUUCAUCGAAACGCACACGGACUUUGACGAAUGCAAGAUCAAUAUCAUCUUGACUAUUAAUUUCAACGGCGUCAAAGGGAAAACACUCACGGUCUGCCGUUCACGGAAAACAAGGUCGAAAGCAUCACAAUCGACUGGCAUCACAAUGUCAAAAAAGACCCUCACAGAAACUCUGCUGCGAGAAAUGUUUUCUCGAUCAGCCUUAAAAACACUAUACGACUUACCCCGCUGGCAGUCACAGAACGGUUGCCAUCUGUGCACUUUCGAGGGUGAAAGAAGGGGUCAUCGAGUGAUUUGGUUCCCCAGGUUCCCUUAUGCAGGAGAUCGUCGCACAUUUGCCUCAAUAACUCGGGAUGCAAUGUCAAACGCUAAUGGGAGGUGA